GUUAAAGAAAAGAAAAGGGGUUUGAAAGUGACAUGAAGGGAGUCAUUUUCAGUGGGUCCAACUUACAAAAUGAGAUUUGCCUUAAUUUACUAAUUCAAAAAUGAGCAAAAGGUUUAUUUCUAUGAUAUUGCCUCAGAGUAACAGACAAGGGAAGAGACGAACUCAGAGUUGAAGAAGAUGAUGAUAUGACGCCAGAAAGGUUGCUCCGCCCCAUUACAAUUUAAAAAAUACUACAAACCCACUAUUGGUUAAGGAAUUAUUAUACUGGGCAAAAGCCCCAACCCCUUUCUGAUUGAACAACUCUUUCCAGAAAUAUUAACAUUUUGCAGUUCUGUUGUUUCUCACUCAAUUGCUCUCUUGCCCCCAUCUUUUGAGACCUGUAGUCAAAAAACCAAGACCAUCAAUACAAGUACUUUUGUUUUUGCAGCAGUUUCUGGUUGUUUGGGUCCUUUGGAGUCAUUUUCUGGGCUACAAAAGUCUACGUUCGUUUAUGUAAAAUAAAGAAUGUUUCCAUAUUGCUGGAUGGAACAGAAGCCAGGACUUGUGGAUUUGUUUUUGGAUAACUGAUCACUGUGCUCGGAGAUUUUGAUCACCCCAUGGAGCAAUUCUGUUUGAUGAUCAUAAGAGGAUGAUGGGAGGAUUGAGGAGGAAUUGGAGUACAAGAAGUUUGGUCAAGCUUAGUUUCAUCAUCUGCCUCUGCCGCUGUAUUCAGUCUGUUCGUGCUCAACCAGGUUUCUUGAGCAUAGAGUGCUGUUCUGAUGCCAAUUAUAAUGACAACCUCACAGCAAUAAACUGGGUCAGUGACAAGUUCUGGUAUCCUAAUUACCAAGACUGCGCCAUAUUAAGAACAGGACAAGACCAUCAAGACUACAACAGGAAAAGGAUCUUCAACUCAGAUGUUGGUAAUAAAUGGUGUUACAACUUGACAACACACAAGGAUCAAGAUUAUCUGGUGAGAGCAACAUUUCUUUCCGGGGACCAGGAGAAGAAUCCUGCACUGUCUGUCUUCAAUGUGUCCAUUGAUGCAACGGUAAUCGCGCAAGUGAACUCAGAUGAUUCUAAGAUCGAAGUUGAAGGGAUUUUCCGAGCAACCAGGGACUAUGUUAACUUCUGCUUACUUAAGGUUCAGGGAGCACCUCAUAUCUCAAAACUUGAACUGAGACCCCUCACCACGGAUUAUCUAGACAGGGUGCCUUCUAGUGCCCUCAACCUAAUUAAAAGAGUCGAUGCUGGGAAUAAAGGAGAUGUCAGGUACCCUGUUGAUGAGUAUGAUCGAAUCUGGGCGGCAGAUACUUAUGCUGAUCCAACGGUGAACUUCAUAUCAUCACACAACAUCAACAUUACCAGCUCAAGUUACAAUAAUAUAUCAUUUCCGCCCAACCAAGUUUUACAGACAGCCCUAACCCAUCCAGAAAAGUUACAGUUCUUAUACGAUCAAUUAGAUCCAGUGUAUUAUAGAUAUGAUAUAAUCCUCUACUUUCUUGAACUAAAUGAAUCUGUUAAAGCUAGGGAAAGAGUCUUUGAUAUAUAUAUCAACAGUAUAAACAAAAGCCAAGUAGACAUAGUGGGUAGUGGUUCUUCCGUUCUUGUAGUUGCUCUAAAUGUGACAGCCAAUGGGAAACUUGACCUGACCAUGGUCAAGUCCCCAAACGGGUCAAAAUUAGGACCAAUACUCAGUGCUUUUGAGAUUAUGAGGGCUCAUCCAUUGAAUCAAGAAACAAGCCAGGAGGAAGUUGGCAUAAUGAUGGAUGUGAAGAAUGAAUUGCUGGAACAUAAUCAAGAUAACGAGUUCCUACUCAGUUGGUCAGGGGAUCCUUGUCUUCCUAUUUCUUGGCCAGGAUUAGUUUGUCAGCAGGUUAAUGGUACCUCGCUAGUCACUAAUAUGAAUUUGUCCUUCAGAAACCUAGGGGGACCAGUUCCUCACAGCAUCACUAAGCUAAUCCAUCUGGAGGAACUGGAUCUACGGCACAACAAUCUCAUCGGAGAUGUUUCAGAAAUUCUAGCCUCACUACCAAAUUUGACGAGCUUAUAUUUUGGCUGCAAUCCUAAUCUCCACAAUGGACUCCCAGACAGCCUGAACAGAACAGAUCUCAGUACAGAUUAUGGGAAGUGCACUGGUCAUGCAUCAAGGCACUCAUUGCAGAAAGUUAAGAUUGGUGUGGUUGCCGGGGUUUGCACUCUUGGCAUCAUAGCUGCAGGCGUGUUCCUAUUUUGCCGCAAGAAAAGGAAAGUGGUUUUCUUAAGCAAGUUUGAUGGUAACGAGUAUCCAGUGACAAAGAAUGCUAUCUAUUCAAUUCCAAGCACUGAGAUUGUGCGAAAGUCUAUAUCCGUUAAGGCUUUCUCUCUGGAUUACAUAGAAUUAGCAACCCAGAAGUACAAGACAUUAAUAGGUGAGGGAGGAUUUGGAUCAGUCUACAGAGGCACCCUUUCUGAUGGUGAGGAGGUGGCAGUAAAAGUCCGAUCUGCCACAUCAACACAAGGAACACGUGAAUUUGACAAUGAGCUGAACCUGCUCUCAGCAAUACGCCAUGAGAACCUGGUUCCACUUCUUGGUUAUUGCUCUGAAAAGGACCAGCAAAUUCUUGUUUACCCAUUUAUGUCUAAUGGCUCUCUACAAGAUCGCUUAUAUGGAGAAGCAUCAAAGAGAAAAGCUCUAGACUGGCCAACCAGACUCUCCAUAGCCUUAGGAUCUGCAAGAGGUUUAGCAUAUCUUCACACAUUUCCAGGCCGAAGUGUGAUUCACAGGGAUGUCAAAUCAAGCAACAUCCUCCUGGACCAGAGCAUGAAUGCCAAGGUAGCAGACUUUGGCUUUUCAAAAUAUGCACCUCAAGAAGGAGAUAGUACAACCUCUUUAGAAGUAAGGGGUACUGCAGGCUACUUGGACCCAGAGUAUUAUUCAACCCAACAUCUAUCCGCUAAAAGUGACGUAUUUAGCUUUGGAGUAGUACUACUGGAAAUCGUGACUGGCCGUGAACCUCUCAACAUAAACCGGCCACGAAAUGAGUGGAGCUUGGUUGAAUGGGCUAAACCCCGCAUAAGGAAUUCUAGAAUGGACGAAAUUGUUGAUCCCAACAUAAAAGGAGGAUAUCACGCAGAAGCAAUGUGGAGAGUUGUAGAGGUUGCUUUGGCAUGCAUUGAACCAUACUCAGCUUAUAGACCAUGCAUGGCUGACAUUGUCCGAGAACUAGAGGAUGCUCUCAUCAUAGAAAACAAUGCAUCUGAAUACUUGAAGUCCAUUGACAGCUUUGGGGGAUCACAUCGAUAUUCAAUAGAGAGGCCAAUUGUUAUUCUUCCCACUCCAGUUCAGACAGAAACAUCUCCAAUCCUUUCACAACCACCCCCACCACAACCGAGAUGAUUAUCAAAUGAAUGAGAGGAUUCAAUCAUAAGCAGGAAUCCAUGCUGCGAAACCUCAUUCUAGUGAUCAAAAGCAAGAAGUAGUUGGCUCUUCAUACAACGAAAAUGCGCAGGUCAAAAAAAUUGAGCUCAAAUUCGCUGACACUUAAGUAAUGAAGGCAUGAAGGCCCAUCACUUUACUGUCAAUACUAUGGUAUAGGGGGGGCUAAAUUAGUUCAUUCUUUUUCCAUAUAAACCACUAGUCCUCAGGAUACUGAAUCCUACAGUAGUCUACGGAUCAAAAUAUUACAAGAAAUAUCCAUGUGACCCAAGGGUCAGUCUGCAAUCAUGCACAGAUGAUCACUCUGGAGACACAUGGUUAUUCCCCUUUCUUUGGUAAUUUUGACUAAAUUCAGUAGAUAAGCAAAGAAGUAGUAGUUAAUUCCAGGUUAAAGAAAUAAACAAAUGUCUGAAGCAUCGAUAUUUUACAGAAAGCACAAGCUUUAAUAGAUUUAAAAUUCGGCAUCUUAAGCCUUAAAGAAAGAAAGAAAUGCAUUUCCUUUUUAUAUGGAAACUGCAGCAUAAUGAGUGUGGAAACAUGUAACCAACAUCAAGGAAGAAUUCAAAAAGAAGACGUGCCCAGAAAAAGAAUGCUAAACUCACUGCUGACUCGCAACAUAGUCUCAAAGGGGGACAAUCACAUCACCAAGUAAAAAUGUAUGAGGAAAUUUUGUAGAAACUUUAAAAAACUUGAUCAACCAGUCUAAACACUAUCGAUACUCCUAAAUUCUGUAUAUAUGAAAUUAUCUUCAGCAAUUUGAACUAUUGAGUAUUACUGUACUCAGACAACGAAGAGGAUACAGCAAUACAAAGCCCUAUCUUUGUAUGAGAUAUAUAUCAGGAAAUCUGUACUCUAGCACAAGACUGCUGAAGCUAGACCAAGCACAAUUACCAGCCUUUCUACUACAGCCAAUAACCAUACCCCACACUCUUCUGGAAAUGGUAAACAACUGGCCUUUCCACAUUUCCAUUUUGCAACAAACAUAUAAGCAAUUUCGGGAAGUCCAUUCUCACAAAUAAAGCUUCACAUUGCAAAUUGGCAACUUAGCAUAUUAGCCCAUGGGCAAAAGAGGAAUACUUGACAAACAGAUAGUGAUAUCUUCAGCAGAAUAUUGAUAUACAUUCACUUUAUCAACCUUCAUUAAGUAAUUGCUUUACAACAACCUAAACAAGCAAUCACAGAGGUAAAAGUGCCACUAAGAAAUCAAAUCAGAAAGUGCAAUAACAGCAUAGAUGCCUUUCUCUUCCAAAAAAGAAAAACUUACAAGAUAAGGGUGAUAAGAUAAUAGGUGGGGAUGAAGAAACGCUAUGUAUAUAUAUUCCAACGGCGGUAAAAGGAAAUCAAUUAGUGGUGAAGAGCGCAGGGUUAGCAGUUGCGCUACCGACUUGGACUUCCAGCAAUUCGAGACGGCGCUCAAGCGUGUCGAGCUUCUCAUUCAAUUUCGCUAAUUUGCUUUUCGUGGUUGCUUCUGAAACGCGCAGAAUUCACAAAAUUAGAAGCAGAGAAAAGAAGAUCGCUACAAAGCAGGUGGAAUUAGGUUCCUUAAUUUUGAGAAUUAAUCCGAAAAGCAAAGAGUAUGAACGCACCGAACUGGACAAGGAAGUCAAAAAGGCGACGGACAUUAAGAGAGAUGUGAGAAAUGAACUCCCGGUUCUCCCAAUCGGCUUGAACUGCGAUUCCCACGUUCACCGCAUUCGUAAUUCCUCCGGCUCUCGCCAUAACCCUUGCUUCUGCUCCGUUUCCGUCUCCGGCGACGUUUCCAGAAAUUGGGCGCUAGUCUUCAACUCCUCCACUUUCUGGCUUUCAGCUGAAUUGACUUUGACUUGGGUUAGAUAACGGGAGGACGGUACGGUAAUUUCCCCUGCCAUUACUGGUUUAACUAACAAUGUUGGGAUUGGGUUAACGCUUGUUUUCAAAGGCACGCUUCACUACAUUUUACAGUUGAUAGUUGAUACUUACCUGACAUUUUAUUUUAUUUUAAUUUGGUAAUAUUGUACUUAGUGUGAUAUAAAUAUUACUAUCAUAUUGAUAUUUUGCUUAAUUUUAAAACAUCAACGGUGUCCUAAACAUUAGUAAUGUACUAGGUGCUAGACCCGUCCGAUUGACGGGGAGGACAUAUUACAUAUAAACAUUACAACACAAGUGAAAUAAAAGAAUAUUAAUAUUUUUUUUUAUGAAUUUUGUAUUUUUAUCAAAUGUUAACUAUGAAA